AUGGCUACCUUUGAUACCGUGAAAGAAGAGUAUAAUGCCCAGGCCAAGGCAUAUAAUGACGAAUAUCCCUCGCUACCAUAUGGUCAACUGGAAAUCCAACUCUUCGGUGCCGCACUCGGUGAUGCAACUGGACAGACCGUCCUAGACCUCGGCGGAGGUACGGGGUUGCGUGCUCGUCAAGCUCUGGAAGCCGGCGCAGCUUCCGUGGACGUUGUCGAUAUAUCGGCAGAGAUGCUCAACGUGGGAAAGGACAUUGAAAGGGAGCUGGGACGGGACAAGACACGAUGGUUCGAGGCCGAUGCGUCCAAGCCGCUGGACCGCCUCGGGCUACUGCCCGGGCAGUACGACAUUGUCAUGGCCAACUGGCUGUUUGACCACGCCGAGAACGAGGAGAGCCUGGACGGCAUGUGGAAGAAUAUUGACGCCCACCUCAAGCCAGGCGGCCGGUUCGUCGGGAUUCGCAGCGGAGACCCGCGGUCCGAUGCGCUGAGCAAGACGGACAAGUACGGGAUACGGUACACCAAUAUUCAGGAUAUCCCGGGCGGCGUCAGUCUGCGCUUCUUCAUGGGCACGAACCCUCCCAUCAACUUUGAUGCCAAGCUCGUGGAGAGCUCGUACAGUGGCUCGACGAAAUACCACACCAAGUACGGCUUGGAAGAUGUUCAGCUAAUUCCUGCUGAGGAAAUGCCCUCUGCUCGAGAAGAUCCGGACUUUUGGAAGGUGUUUCUUGAUAAUCCACCGAUGAUUGCUGUCAAGGCAAGGAAGAGAGUCGAAUAG